CUUCGCCUUCCAAUUCAAUCCUGCUUUACAACCAAGAACUAUAGUCGUACUUGGAUGCAUCAGUAAGGAGGCUGAUGAUACUAUGGUUCAACGGAUUCUACACGUCCUUAUAGUAGCCCUCAGUAACUACACAGACCUAGUGCUAAUUGAAUCAGCUGUCAUGUGUCUCAAUAGAGUUCAGGCCAUACUAGGCAAGGAAUCUAAAUUCCACAAGGCGUUCUUCUGGGUCGCAAUAGCUGUCUUACAGUUAUCAGAGCUCUCCUUGUACCCGUGUGGCCUGGCUUUAUUAGAGCAGAGUCUCCUAACACUUGACUCACAUGGAGCAUUCGAAACACAAUCGAUGCAAGAGGCACUGAUGGCCGUCAGGAAAGAACCGUUACUAGAGUUCCACUGCAAACAGAUGGACCAUUUUGUGGGUGUCAGUUUCUAUGGUAAUUUCCACUUUGCUUUAAUGGGGCAUCUUGUCAAAGGUGUUUAUCAUCCGCAAGCAACAACAGCGGCUCGAGCAAUCCGUAUCCUGAACUUGAUGUUGGACAUCACUAGCAAGCACAAACAGUGUAGAAACAAGUUUGCCGUGACCAAAGAAAACCUAGCAUACCUUGCAGCCUUAAUACCUGUAUCAGAGGACAUCCGUAGUAGACUGAAACCAGGCAAUACCCCUGAGACACCAGAACCCAUGCCUCUGGGACACACCUCAAGGUCCAAGAUAGAAAUCACCCCAGGAUCAACACUGUCGGUGGAUAGUCGUGUGUCUAUCGUUAUUACUCCUUCGCAAUCACCAUUAGCUGAUGAGGCACCUCCUGAGGGACAAGCUUUUGAAUGGCCUUCAGAGUGCCAACAUAUGCUACUUGAUCCUGGGAUUGUUAACGACAACCACACACAGGCAUUGUUGCUUACUACACUGUUUCUAUCAACUUGAUUCAAAUCUUAGCACAGUUCUUGGCCAUUCUGAAGAUUUACAUACGUUGCAAGCCAUUCAAACUAUUAUUCACUCAGUGACAGCCUCCAAACCAUCAGAUGAUCAUCUCAGACACAAUUUUUUGGCCUCAUUUGGAUUCACUGGGUUUAGCCACUUCACUAAAUUCAAGGAACAAAGUGGACAGAAUAACAGAGCACAACUCUUUAUGAAGUUUUUAGAAGCCAUACUAGAAGUGUAUGGCAAGGGUACAUCAACCCUUCCUGACAAAGCACUGCAUUACCGUAUCACUAAUACAGAUACAAUCAAACCUGGUCCGCUGAGCUCAAGCAGUGGUGACAUACGCUCCCUUGAGAAUCCCUCUAACCUAUCAGUUUCUCUCACCUCCAUACCUUCUGCYGUCAAAGACUUGUCUGUUCCUAUUCCAUUUAAGAGAACAGGAUCUUCAUAUAGACCAAGAAAAAUAUCAAUGGGCACAAAAGUAAAGAGAAAUAUGUCGACUAAGGCAGUUAGAAGUUCAUCUAUCCAAGGAAUCAAAUAUUCUUGACAGUACACCUGCAAUUUAUACAGAUUUAAGUAAAAAAAUUGUUCAAGGGAAUAAAAGGUCCUAGUUYGUAGCCCAGGGAGAAUGCUUCAAAAAACUACAAGGAAGUUCCUGGCUUCUUUCCCUUGUAUGUGUGCUUCUCACAACUUUUAUCUGCAAGAAUUUUAAUCAGAAGUUCAAGGAAGUAAAUUUUCUGAAACAGUUUAUCAUAUUCCAUUUUGGAGGAUUAAUAAUGGUAGUACAUGAAUAACUUAAGGAGGAAAGCUUAAUCCUGGUGCUUUUUACCUGCAUGUUGAUGGUUAAAAACAAAACCUUAUUGUGAACAAUCUUUAGAGGAAAAAUUGAAAACACUGUACUACUAUCUGCAUGAAUUCACUAACAGUGAUAUAUCAAAGACACUUCUUUUUCUAGUUGCUAACAAUUGUGUCAUGUAUGGCUAAAUAAUUCAAUGAUGUUCUACAGACUGUCAGACACAAAUGUACCUUUGCAAUCUGUUAGAACUUUAUAAAAUUGAAAAACAACCUUGGAUGACAUUUUCACAACAUUUUUAAAUAUGUACAAAUCAACAGAAACUUUUUAAAACUUUUUUUUAAAYGAGGCACUAAAAAUUUAUAAACUAAAAAUUAUUACAAGAUGCUGUCUAGCCACUACUCUACCUCCCCCUCCCCAAAGGAAAUACUUUACUUCCCAGCAARGGAGGGGUGGGAUGAGUAGGUGCUCUGAUCAUGCUGCUACGCACUCACUGACGUGAUGAGAAUAUAUGAUAAAUAAUUUUUUUUUUUUUAAGGGAAUACUUUUAUAAAAAUAUAUACUUGCGAUUUGUUCAUCCAGCUUGGUGUAAGGAAUAAACUAAUCAUUAUCAGAACCUACAAUACUUUAUUAAGUCUUAUAAUAUGAGAAAUAAAUUCUAGUUUUGAA